AUGGAGACGCAAGGAAGACAGGCCUACCCGAUGACCCUCACCCAGUUCAUCCUGGAGGAGCAGCACCAUCACCCCACUGCCCAGGGUGAUUUGUCGAUUUUGCUGCAUGCCAUCGAGAUUGCGUCCAAGUACGUGUCGGCCCAGGUGCGCGCCGCUGGAAUCUUCGAUCUCUACGGUGUCGAGGGCACCACCAACGUGCAGGGGGAGGUGGUCAAGAAGCUGGACGUCAUCGCCAACGAGGCCUUCAUCACCGCCCUCAAGCGCAGCAAGAAGGUCUGCGUGAUGGUCAGUGAAGAGAACGAGCACCCGAUCGUGGUCGAGGCCUCCCUCGGCAAGUACGUCGCCGUCUUCGAUCCGCUCGACGGCUCGUCCAACAUCGACGCCAACGUCUCCAUCGGCACCAUUUUCGGCAUCUACCACCGCAAGUCGGCCAAGGGCACCACCGACUACACCGAGGACCUCCUCCAGCCCGGCAACAAGCUCGUGGCUGCUGGCUACACGCUCUACGGCACGGCGACGAUGCUGGUGCUGAGCUCGGGCAACGGCGUGAACGGCUUCACGCUCGACACGACGGCCGGCGAGUUCGUGCUCACGCACCCCAACAUCCGGGUCCCGCCCAAGGGCAACAUCUACUCCGUCAACGAGGGCAACAGCGCCUUCUGGUACGAGCCCGUCACGCGAUACGUCGACAGCGUCAAGAACCCGCCCAAGGGCAACCCCUACUCCCUCCGCUACGUCGGCAGCAUGGUGGCCGAUGUGCACAGGACGCUGGUGUACGGCGGCAUCUUCAUGUACCCGGCCGACAAGCGAUCGAAGCAGGGCAAGCUGCGCCUCCUGUACGAGGCCAACCCGAUGGCCUUCCUCAUGGAGCAGGCCGGCGGCAAGGGCACCACCGGCACCGGCCGCAUCCUCGACCUCGAGCCCAAGGGCAUCCACGACCGCUGCCCCGUCUUCCUCGGCUCCACCGACCUCAUCAACGAACUCGAGGGCUUCUUCGCCGCCGCCUCCGAAGACAAGGCCGCUCUCUAA